AUGACAAUGAUCAAUAGCAACCGAUUGAAAACAUUAUUUCUACCGCAUGGUCUCAUAUAUACUAUUCUAGGUAUAGCCAUCAUUUGUCUUACUAUUUUAACUGUCGUCUAUGCUAGCCUAUGGCAUAAAAGCACAACUUCUUCCAAUUCAUAUGUCGUUGACAAUGGUAUUAUUGGUUAUCCUGCUCGUUUACCUAAUGAUGGUCGAUAUGUUCAAUGGACGUUUUUACAAAUGAAUGACGUUUACGAAUUAUUAUCACUCGAAGGAGGGCGAAAAGGUGGUUUAGCUCGUGUUGCUUAUAUGCGAAAAUUAUUGAAACAAGAAAAUUCUCAUAUGUAUACGAUUUGUGCUGGUGAUCUUGUUUCUCCAUCAGCGUUAGGAUUAUCGAAAAUUAACGGAACAGCUUUACAUGGAAAACAGAUGAUUGCAACAAUGAAUACUCUUGGAGUUGACUUUAUGAUUUUUGGAAAUCAUGAAUUUGAUAUACCUGAAAAUGAUUUACUUGCACGGAUGAAUGAAUCGACAUUUGCUUGGAUUGGUACAAAUGUAUUUCGUCGUGAUAGUAAUCAAACAUUUGGUUCAAGUAUUUCUCAUAAAAUAAUUACUAUAAAUACUGUUCGAGUUCUUCUCAUUGGAUUAACUAUUGAUGGUACUAGUGAUUAUGUUCGAAUUAUCAAUCAAUCUUCAUUAGUCAAUUAUGUGCAAGAAUAUUUAAGAUCAUUUCCAAAUACAACCUAUGAUGUACUUGUCGCUCUAACUCAUUUAGACAUGACAACUGAUAUAAGAAUUGCUUCGAAAAUUCCACAAAUUCAUCUCAUCAUGGGUGGACAUGAACAUGAUAAUUAUAAUUAUCUAAGAGGUACAAAAUAUACGCCGAUUUAUAAAGCUGAUGCAAAUGCUAUUACUGUGUUUAUACAUCGUUGCGCUUAUAAUUUGGAUACAAAACGUUUUCGCAUUUAUAGUACUUUAGCACAGGUAACAAAUGAAGUACCGGAAGAAGAAAAUACCGCAGCAGUAGCUAAAUUUUGGUUUGAUUUAGGCAUUAAAGGAUUUCAAGAAUUAGGUUAUGAACCAAAUGCAGUUGUAUCAUGUCUACCAAUAGGAGUAGAGCUCGAUGGUAAAUCAGCAUCUGUUAGAAGUGAUAGAACACUUUUAGCGGCUGCAAUUUGUGAAAGUAUGGUACAAUUAACAACGGCAUAUAAUACAACUAUUGGACUUUCUAAUGGAGGAGCAAUACGUAUUGAUGAUGUUCUCCGUGAAAAAAUUACAGAAUAUGAUAUUUUACGAACGUUACCUUUUUCUAAUACGAUUGUUGCUCUUUCUGUCCCUGGUGCAGUGCUUGCUCAAGUUCUCACAACUGGUGUAUCUCUAAAAGGAAACGGAAUGUUUAUUGAUUAUACGGCAGUAGAAACGUUAGAUGGUGGUAAAACCUGGUUACUCAAUGGAACAGAUAUAUCAAAAAGUGGUGCUUAUUAUAAUGUGGCAACGAGUGCAUUUGUACGAGAUGCUACAGAAUUAAAAAAUGUAGACGUUACUACUUUAUAUGAAACUAAUAUAACACAAACAAGAACUUUAUUGGAAUAUUUAAAAGUUCAAUAUCCUCCUUGUUAG